GUGGCUGCGGAAUAAAACAUCAGCGUCUUUCUUCACAAAACCUCUCCUCUCCUCUCCUCCCGCAUUUCCUCCUGACCUUGGCCGCAAUGGCCCAGUAUUACCCGCAGCAACAGCCUUACGGAGCGCAGGCCUCUGCGCAGAACCUUCAAUUCUACCCAACAUCCUACCAGUCUGUGUCCGGCCAUACAACCCCUUCUCAAGCUUCUUAUGGAGGCUUUGGAGGUCCCUCUAAUCCGUCCGCCCAAGCUUAUCCCGUCGGAGGGGUGGGAAGCGGAUAUGGCGGCUUCGGCUCUCCAUCUGCAGGAGUGAGCGGCAGGAUGGGUGAACAGGGCGGUUUACGGACGGGGUGGCUUGCUGCGUUUGGAACAGAAGGGUACGAUGGGGAGCCACCGCUUCUGGAGGAACUGGGAGUCAAUUUUGAACACAUUCGCACGAAGACAUUGACCGUCUUGAAUCCCUUUGCUCGCAUUGAUCAGCACCUGAUGGACGACAGCGACCUCUACGGCGCGCUACUUUAUAUCGUACUUUACGGCACAUUCCUCCUGCUGUCCGGCAAGGUCUUUUAUGGAUAUAUCUACGGCGUCGCAGUAUUCGGCACGGUUGCCCUGCACCUGAUUCUCAGCUUGAUGUCGCCCGCGCUCGACGCGGUUCCCGUGGCCAACGCCGCCGAUCCCACCAACUACUCCCCGCACCACAAACCCACCAUGUCGGACGCCCCGGCCGCCGGCCAUUUCUCUGCAACCCUGACCUUCCCCCGCUCCGCCAGCGUACUUGGCUAUUGCUUCUUGCCUUUGGUGCUGACGAGCUUGGUCGGGAUCCUCAUCCCCAUGGAUACCAUGUUCGGCUAUCUCCUGACCACCGCCGCCGUUGGCUGGUGCACCUACAGCUCCUCGGGCAUGUUCUGCGCCGUCGCCCGUAUGCGCGGCAUGAGAGGCCUGGUGGCGUAUCCGCUGGCACUGUUCUAUGUGGUCUUCGGUAUCAUGGGAAUCUUCUCCUCCCGAGGAAGUGGUACCCUGGCUGCUAAGACGGGCGCUGCCUGACCGAGACUACGGAAUCGAUAACCGGGGCGCACACUGGAGGCGCGGCCAUCAAAUUCUAUACAUUGGAACGACUAGGCGUUGCACUCAGGCUGUUUGCAAGUCGAACCGCACCUUCGCAGCGAAGGCACCGCUUGGUUGGCUUCGCGGCAGAUUUGUAUGAUUAUCAUGAUUUCUCUCGCUGCUUUAGUUAUACCAUAAGUGCAUCUUCGAGUUUCUGAGCUAGCGGUGUACUUGGACCUUCCUUGAUUGACGGGUCUUUAGUUACUCUGGUAAAAAAAAAUUAUACUUCGCAAACCCCUUGUCCAGUCCCCACCACUCUAGUACGACUCCGCAUUUUAGUGUCAUCACAGGUCUGGGUCGGACAUACCUUAGGUUGCCACUAUUGAUGAUCUCGCGCUGAUCUACACCCGAGUGUUGAUUGGACCCAUUCGGUGCAGGAUAGUGGUCGAAAUAAAGGAAUUAG